AUGUUCGCGGGUCUUGCUCACGUCAAUAUUACCGUGCCAGAGGGCACAUUAGACUCAGCAUAUGAGUUUUACGUUAACACGGUAGGGCUGACACCAAGCCCCGUGCCAGCUCUUCAAAAGAACUCCCUGGCCUGGUUCAAUAUCGGUUCUUCAGGCCAGCAGGUCCAUGUUGCUCUCGGGGCUAAUCUCGAACUUGACCACAAACGUCAUCCUUGCUUCAAGCUGGAAAAUAAGGAGUCUCUCAUCGAAUUGCAGCACAAAAUAUGGAAGCAUUUUGAAGCGGGCGGUGCGGCUGCUCCGCUGGCAAUUGACAAGCCUGGGGAGGCCAAUUCUGGUGCGAAAGGUGUCGAGUAUCCCGAUCGCUUCUUUGCACGGGACUUUGCCGGUAACAGAUUAGAAUUCAGCUUGUAA